GAGUAGCAGUACUUGAGUGAUAGGAACGUAAUUGCCUUCAAUCUUCAGAAUGAAAACAUAAGCCUUUCAAUCUGUUUCCUUAAAAUGAUUCUCUAAUAAUGCUACCAAGAAUAAAAUAGGAACAAUGAAUGACGUAGGCUUAGCCGAAGAGGUGAAUGAUUUUUCUGAUCUGGAUCUUGGUGUGCUUGAUCUAACAUCUGAAGAGUUCGCUCUGGAAGAAGUGGAUUUGCAUAUACAGGAGAACUUAGGUGAUGAGCUGGUAAAACAGGCAUUGCAAGAGGGCGUUGACCUGCGGCAGUACUCCAAACAGAUUGAGGCUGAUUUACAGCAAGUGGAAAAUGAAUCAAUUCAGGAUUACAUCAAAGAAAGUCAGAAUAUAGCAAGUCUACACAACCAAAUUACAGCAUGCGACACAAUAUUAGAGCGUAUGGAGGACAUGCUAAGUGGCUUCCAGUCGGCUUUGGGUAGCAUUAGCCUGGAGAUACAGAACCUUCAGGAACAGUCAAUUGCCAUGAAUAUUAAGCUAAAGAAUCGCCAGGCUGUACGAGGGGAGCUCAGUCAGUUUGUCGACGAAAUGGCCGUCCCAGAAUCUAUGAUUCAUCAUAUCUUAGAGACUCCAGUUACAGAGAGGAAGUUUCUUGAGCAACUGCAUGAAUUGAACCACAAGAUCAACUUUGUUAAAGAGCAGUCUUUCAAGGAAGCUUUGGCCUGUCGUGAUGUACAAGAUGUCUUGGAAAAACUCAAAAUUAAGGCAAUUGCCAAGAUUCGGGAGUACUUGCUACAAAAAAUUAACCAUUUCAAAAAACCAAUGACCAACUACCAGGUUCCUCAGAAUGCAUUAUUAAAAUCAAGGUUUUUCUAUGAGUUUUUGUUGGGCAAUGAGCGACAUGUUGCGAAGGAAGUUCGAGACGAAUAUGUUGACACUAUGAGUAAGAUGAAAUUCUCAUACUUCAAAGGCUACACUAAUAGACUUAUGAAACUACAGUAUGAUGAAGUUGCUGACAAGGAUGAUCUGAUGGGAGUAGAAGACAAUGCAAAAAAAGGAUUUUUCUCGUCCAAGGCAUCAUUGAAGAACCGUUCUACUAUCUUCACCAUUGGCAACCGCAACAGUGUUUUGACAACGGAUUUAGAAGCACCAAUUAUUGUACCUCAUGCAGCUCAAAAAGCUGAAACAAAGCAUACAUUUGAGAGUUUGUUCCGUAGUCAGCAUUAUGCUCUAGUUGACAACAGCUGCCGUGAAUACCUCUUCAUCUGUGAUUUCUUCAUGGUGUCUGGAAACAGUGCUCAAGACUUGUUCAACAGUAUCAUGGGAAAGACGCUCUCCAUGUUCCUUAAACACAUGGAUGUGUACAGUAGCGAAUGCUUUGAUUCAAUCGCUGUGUACCUGUGCAUUCAUAUUAUCUUCCGCUUUCAACUAAUGAUGCACAAAAGAGCAGUUCCAGCACUAGAUAAAUAUUGGGAAACAAUGCUUGAGAUGCUAUGGCCUAGAUUCCUGUACAUACUGGAGUUGAAUAUUUCUAGUAUCCGGGACACAGAUCCUCAAAAGCUAGGCUCGGUGGAUUAUAGACCUCAUUAUAUUACCAGGCGUUAUGCAGAAUUCUCUGGUGCUCUUGUCAGCCUGAAUGAAACAUUUCCUGAUGAACGUGUCAACCACUGUCUUGCAAGACUUCAAAUGGAAGUGGAGAACUUCAUCCUCCGUCUUGCUGCUGAGUUUCCUCAACGCAGAGAACAACUCAUCUUCCUCAUAAAUAAUUAUGAUAUGAUGUUGUCUGUGAUUACUGAACGUACAGCAGAGGACUCAAGAGAAGGUGAGAGCUUCCGUAAGCUGCUGCAAGAGCGUACCCAGGAAUUUAUCGAAGAGAUUCUGUCUCCGUAUUUUGGCGGAAUGAUUACAUUUGUGAAGGAGGCCGAAGCUGCUGUUGAAAAAGGCCAAGCCGAGCAGAUGAAAUACCAGGAACAAAGGAUACAGAAGUUAGUAAGAGAUUUUGUGGGACAGUGGAAACAAGCUAUUGAAAGUGUUAAUCAAGAAGUAAUGAAGUCUUUCACUAACUUCAAAAAUGGCACCAGUAUUCUGCAGGGCGCCCUUACUCAACUCAUCCAAUAUUACCAUCGGUUCAAGGAAGUACUUUCAAAACCGCCUUUCAAAACAAUGGCCGUGCGCAGUCAGCUCAUAAAUAUUCAUCACAUAAUGGUGGAAGUGAAGAAAUACAAACCAAACUUCUAAUGACUACCCCAAGGAAAAUCCUAUCAGUGGUGGCAUUUUGUCUUGCAUGUGGGGAAAUUUUGUGGACAAUGUGAUUGUAUAGUUUCACUUGGUGAUGUUAAGAUUAAUUUUGAGCCCAUUAAUCCUUCCACAUCUGUUGAAAUAAUAAUAAUUGGCUGUGAUGCUGAAUGAGAGUGUACAGUAGGUUGCUAGUGCAUCAGUUUCUACUUUAAAGUCAUAGUACAAUUAGAAUAUUAAUAAAUUAUACAUUUCAUGUAUUGUAAUUAUUUAAAGUCUAUUUAUUAAGGGUAAAUAUGUGGUUAUUUGAAAGCGAAUUUUUUUUUUUUUAUCAAAAAUAUAGUAAUUAUCUCCUUAGGUCUGUGCUGAUUACCAGCAGCAACACGUAGCAUGUGGACCCAAUGACCAGGAAAAGGAACUGCGCUUUAUAACCGCAAGGAAGAGGAGCAUUAUAAAUGCCCAUACAGUACCAGUACCAUUAACCAUGUGGGCUCCAACCCUCCCAAUUUAUUUCCUUAAACUAGGAGCUACAAAAUUUAUAUUAUUCCAUGGUUCUUAAGCAUCAUCAUGUUACAUUUGUGUUAGUCCAAAAAAUAGAUUAAAUCUCAAACAAUUCUUUUCAUGAAAAUAUAAAAAAAACUUUGCAAACAUUCCAAUUGAUAGUGUCCCAUUUUAUCUUUUAAAACUAUGAGUUUAAAUAUUUUAUACCCAUGAUUGAAGACAAUUGAUCUUUGCAAAGAAUGUUCUCUCCCAAAUUUUCACUUUAAGAUGUCAUUUGUUUUUAAUUUUUUCUUAGGAAUCUCUGGAUUUAAAAAAUCAUGGUGAAUAGUAGUGUUAAGUCAAGUCAUAUAUUUAAAAUCAGAUAUUGAUGCUUUUUAAUUAUAUUAAAGUUAUGAAAUAUCAAGAAAAGGUAAUAAAAAUGCUAGUACUGUA